GACGGAUUCGAUCGUUUUAUUAUCUUUUAGCGCUGACUUAAAUUGUUGCUCCGCGUCUCUUAUUAAUCCUAAACUGUAAUAGCAUUUUCCAAGUUGCACUUUCCACCACCAAUCUUUGUAUUGACAGACCUGUGUCGCUUGAACUGCCAAAUCUAGUGCCUAAGUAUAAAAUAUUUUAUUGUUUUUAGGCACUUUGAAUAAUGUAUACAUACUUACAUAUCUCACAUCAUGUUCAUGGUAAUAUAUAUAUUCGAACAGUGGUUUUGCAAUAUUUGGUUGGCUAGCAUACUUUGCAAUAUUUAAACGAGAUAAUUGUAUAAAUGGUCCCCCCGGUUCUGUUAGCAUGGAUGCUGUGCCUAGUCUAUGUAAAAUGAAUUUAUAAACAUUUUAGUUUCUACUUAAAAAUACAGUAAUUUUAAAUGACAGUUAUACCUAACACUGCGACUAGAACUUGCUGUAAUUGGUCUAGCAGUCAUGGCAGUUCUUGGUGUUCUUAAUGUUUGUUCAAAUGAUUGAGAUAUUGCAGAUUGUGUGGCUGGUCGUACAACUCCUGUGAGUGGUCUUCCUACAAAACAUAUCCUUCUUUAUAGUUUUUGUAAUUCUUCAUUAGAAUUUGGAGAUGUGUUAAAGUGUCUGAACCAAACCUGACUGAGUUUUGGGUCGUAGAUAUUGUCCUACAUGAGCAGUACCAGGAUUUUUUAAUGACGUUCCAGGUCUAGGCAUAGAAGAUAUGGUAUAAUUAUCUAGUAAGCUUUCAGCAAUUCCUUCUUCUUCUCCUUCUAUGUCAUCUACGUAUACUUGUAAUGUUAAGGCACGCAUUUUUAACACCCAGACUGCCUGUAAUAGAACAUAUUGUAUAAUAUUAUACAUAUUACAUAAAUUGAUAUUUAAGAUAAUGGAAGACUUUGAUGUAAAUGAUGUUAGCAUUAACCGAGCAUUCAAUGAUUUCUUUAAGAAGAAAACUAUAGAAGAACAAUGCACAGAACAAUCACUGAUGCGUCUACAUGAAGCUUUUUUGAUAUCAGAAAAUGAAGAAAUGAACAUUUCACAACUAUACAAUGCUUUUCAACAUAUACUGCAAAUUCCAAUAACUGAUAAAGAGUUUGAAAUUUUAUUUAAAAAGAUGAACAGAAAAAGAGAUGGAAACAUUACAUGGGAUGAAUUUAUUUCAUACUUAUUAGUAGAAUUCCAAAAAAUAGAUACUGCCCUACAUUGGCAGAUAUUACAACUUCCAAUAACAGGCACUCCUCAACUUAUAAAAUCAUAUCAUCGUACACCUAUAUAUAAAAUCGUAUUUUGUCCUGAAAUCCUUUCUGAUAGAUCUGGAGGAUUUGAAAAAGGAUGUUACUUAACAGUUACUAAAGAAGGAAUUAUAAAUUACUGGUCUUUGGACUUGAAAUACGAACGCAGUGUACAAUCUACGAGUCCUUACCUAAAAGUUCAACAAACAUUAAUAACUGACAUGAUAGUAAUGCCUGAUGUGCAAAUAGUAUGUACAAGUUCUACUGAGUGUGAUUUAAGAUUUUACGACACUGUGGCUAAAAAAUUUGAUCUUCGAAUGGUGAUAUCAAGUAUGGAAGGAGCAGUCACUUGUAUGAGUUAUUACUUCAGUAAAAAUAUCAAGGAAGACUCCUGUGUUGUACUUGGAGACAUGAGUGGAUCUAUUAAACUAAUUUCUUUUUGUCCUGUGGAUAGAGGCCCAUUUAAACAAGAGCCACAACGUGAUGUAUUGUUCGUUCGUUACGAAUCUGUUCUGAAAGGUGAAAUACCUGGUAUGAAAAUUGUAGAGUUUAAAAGAGCGCAUUCAAACUGGGUGAAACAAGUAGCUUACUAUGGAAGUCUCAAAUCUUUUAUGUCUUGCAGUAGAUGUUCAAUUUGUUCCUUAUUAUUUAGCGACUUCACAGGAAAAAGAAUGCAAUAUAAAUUUAAAGUUAACAUGGGAAUAACUUGUUUUACUGUCUGUGAAGAGAGUCAAACAUUAGUGACUGGUGGACCUGAUUGCAUUGUUCGGGUCUGGAAUCCUUUUGUGACAAAGCGAGCAAGUUGCAUUUUCCAAGGCCAUCAUUCACCUAUAUGUGGCUUAGUAAUUCAAAAUAGUGGUAAGCGUGUAUACUCUCUGUCGAAUGAUAAAUGCAUCAAAGUGUGGGAUGUAUUGGCUCAAUCGUGUAUUCAGACGUAUAACGGUCUUCCAAGUGAAUUAGGUGAACAUACAUUAAUGACUAUAAUUUAUAAUUCACUGAAUCAUAAAAUGAUUGUUGCUAGUGUAAUGAUUGCUGUAGUCAUUUGCGAUCCUGUUAUCAAUAAGGAAACAUCAGAUGGCUAUACUCAUACAAAACCAGUUAGCUGUGUUCUAUACAAUCAUCUUUACAAAGUGGUAGUUUCCAUUGGAUUAGAUUCUUGUAUAAUAAUGUGGGACCCAUGGCUUGGGACUCGUUUGUAUUUAAUAACACAUGCUCACAGCCAGUUUUUGUAUGGUCAGUAUCAUGAUGUUGAGAUUACAGCCGCUUGUUUCGAUGAAUCUGACCAGUUACUCGUAACUGGUGCUCGUGAUGGCACAUUGAAGAUUUGGAAUUUUAACACGGGUACCUGUUUAAGAAAUAUGGCGCUUGAAAAGAAAACUGAAAUAACAAGUUUAGCUUGGGUGGAAAACCGAGUUCUAUCUGGUGGUUGGAAUCGUCAAGUCAUAGAGUUUGCAACUUCUGAUACAAAUAUAUUUAUAAAAAGUUGGGGUGUAAGUCAUACGGAUAAUAUUCUUUGUUCAGCUAUAUGGUAUCCUCAGGUGCUGGCAACAGCAUCGCAUAAUGGAGAAAUAAUACUCUGGAGAUUGGAAACAGGUCAACCAUACAGAAAAUAUAAAGUACAGGACCCAAUGUCCAGAUUUAACGUAAGAUACAGAAAAGAUGAAGACAGUGCUAAAUCUGACAAUUAUCAGGAAGUUAUAAAAAGACAAAAUUAUCCUGACAAACAACAUAGUAGAGUUUGUAAACAUCAACAAUCAGCGUUAAACAUUAUACGAACCGUUGCUGUACGAGCCAUGAUAUUUUUAAAUACUCGACCAUCCAAGCCCAAUAUUGGGACGUUAUUUGUUUCUCUCGAUUCUGGUUUAAUACAAGUCUGGAGUCACCACCCAGGGGGUGGAUUUUUGGAAGCUUUCUCAGUGAUUCAUAGCGUUGGCGAUUGUGCACUAUCGUUAGCAACAGAUUCUAAAGAUCAUUUUCUUGUAACAGGGCACAAUAGGGGGUACAUUAAAGUUUGGUAUCUUGCAAACUAUUUGAUACCAGAUUCUCCGAAGGUGUGUAUGCCCCUUUUAAGACUGGAGUUUCCAUUUUUAUGGAAGGAUAAAAUUAACGGAAGAGCAAAAAGAGCAAUUAAGGAUCAACCUUUGCCAAUUUUGCUCACUUCCGUACGUGGUCACAUAAAAUCUGUUACGUCUGUGCAAGUAAUUUCUAAUGCACAUAUUAUUGUUAGUGGCAGUACGGAUUGCACGGUACGCUUAUGGACACUAGGGGGACGUUACAUAUCAACCUUUGGGACGUUCAAAUCAUGGUCACCAAUUUUGCCUACGAUCCCAGCAUACAAAUAUUUCAAUAACUACAGAUUUCCACCUGAUGUUGCAAGAUCUGCAAGUUCUACUACUAUGAAACUUUUAGAAGGAGGGAUUAGGCAAGCAAUAACUAAGCCCAAAGAAGAAGUUUCCGAUUUUGUAAAGUCUGUGAUAGGGGAACGUAAAGAUACUAUGAUAGAUGGGAGAAGACUUACAAUUUCAACCAUGGAUAAAUCAGUCAUGAUGAUCUUUUUAGAUUAUCCAAUUCUGGACACUUCUAUGUCAUAUAUACCUAUAUAUACACACUUAAAAUUAAAACCAUUGGAGACUAUUCAAACACCAACGUUACCGUCAAUUUUACAGAGACAAAAAGAAUUGACGAAAGGCGGUCGCAAUACAUAAGCGAUAUAUUAAAGGCUGAAAAAUUUCUUAAGUUAUCGAAUAUGUUACAAGAAACAACGUUAGGCAUAGAAUAAUGGAGACAAUUAAAAUUUUCAAAAAUCUAUUUCUUGUUAAAAACUGUCGCAUUGGUAUAAUUACUUAUUAAUUAUUAUGAACUAUUUAUAUGAAAGUUGUUUUUCUCAUUGAGUCUUGUGCAAUACAAACGAUACAUAAAUAAAAAUAUCAGUAAAGCAGCUAAGCCUGAUUAAAUCGGUAAAAAAACGAGUACAUUUAAAAAUUUUCAAAACAGCAGUCUUACAGUUGUCUGUGUCA